AAAAAAAAAGGGAAAGAAAAAAGGGAGGUCAGUGUUUGUAAUUGUUGUGCUGUGUCCCCAAAUUCGUUUGCACUGCUUCAAAACUUGAGAGAGAGCUUAGGGCAUCGAACUCUUAAACCCCUUUCACUCACUCACUGAUCAACAAUGGAUCAGAAGAUGGACUUCAAUGCCCCUCAUUCCAUGGGAACCACCAUCAUUGGAGUCACCUACAACGGCGGCGUCGUCCUCGGCGCCGAUUCUCGCACCAGCACCGGAGUGUAUGUUGCUAACCGCGCUUCGGAUAAAAUCACACAACUUACUGAUAAUGUCUACGUCUGUCGCUCUGGAUCGGCUGCAGAUUCUCAGGUUGUCUCUGACUAUGUUCGCUACUUCCUUCAUCAACACACUAUACAGCUUGGACAACCUGCAACAGUCAAAGUUGCUGCCAACCUUGUUCGGCUUCUUUCAUAUAACAACAAGAAUUUCUUAGAGACUGGCUUGAUUGUUGGUGGUUGGGACAAAUAUGAAGGUGGCCAAAUUUAUGGAGUUCCUCUUGGUGGAACAAUAGUGCAACAACCUUUUGCUAUUGGAGGAUCUGGCUCCAGUUACUUGUAUGGUUUUUUCGACCAAGCCUGGAAGGAAGGAAUGACCAAGGAUGAAGCUGAGGAUUUAGUGAAAAAGGCAGUUUCACUUGCCAUUGCUAGGGACGGGGCAAGUGGUGGUGUCGUCCGAACAGUCAUUAUAAACUCGGAGGGAGUGACGAGAAACUUCUACCCCGGUGAUCAACUUCCGCUAUGGCACGAGGAAUUGGAGCCGCAGAACUCAUUGCUAGACAUCCUUGGUGCCCCUGAGCCAAUGAACAUCUGAAGAUAUUGGCGGUGCUAAAAUCAAGUUGCAUGCUGUUUUCAUAUCUUUUCUGAACUAGUCUAAAGAUUUGUAACCGAUUAAAUUGUGUUUGUGUGGAUAAUGUUUUUCUUCUGGUGUUAUAUUCCCAGUGCUAUGUACCAUGAAGAUUCAGGAUAUUUAUUUCUUCAGUCUUCA